AUGUACAAGGAUGAUGGUGUCAUAAUCUCUCAAAGAAAGUUUGUAUUGGACAUGCUGAAAGAGUACAAUUUCCUAGAUUACAAGCCUUGUUCUUCUCCCUUAGAUCCUACCAUAAAGCUAAAGGCCAAAGAUGGUACCAUCCUACAAGAUCCUACUUACUAUAGAAAGCUGGUGGGGAAACUAAAUUUUCUAACCAAUACUAGGCUGGAUAUUGCAUAUAGUGUCCAACACUUGAGCCAGUUCAUGCAAGAGCCCAUAGAACCUUAUUUGAAGGCAACAUUCCAUCUGCUCAGGUACUUGAGAAAUGAUCCUACUCUGAGAAUCUUCAUGUCUAAGGAUUCAGAUUGCACAGUCAAAGCAUACUGUGACUCUGAUUGGGCAGCCUGCCCAGAUUCCAGGAGAUCCAUUACAGGUUAUUUGGUACUUCAGGGCAAUAGCCCUAUCAGCGGGAAGUCUAAGAAACAGGAAACUAUAUCACUGUCCUCUGCAGAAGCAGAGUACAGGGCCUUAAGGAAAGUAGUGCGGGAAUUGGUAUGGUUGAGCAGACUGUUUGAAGAACCGUCUGUCUUUUUUUCGAUGCCUAUUUUAGUGUUCUGCGAUAGCCAAUAUGCACUUCACAUUGCCAAGAAUCCAAUCUUCCACGAAAGAACCAAGUACAUAGAAGUGGACUGUCAUUUUGUACGUGAUCAAUUACAAGCAAGACUUGUUUCACUUCAUCACAUUAGGACAGAUAGUCAACUAGCCGACAUUCUGACCAAAGCUUUAACUGGAAUCAAACAUAGUGCCACAUUUGGCAAGUUGGCUGUGUUUACCACAUCUCCAACUUGA